AUGAUACAGGAUCCGGACUUAGGCCGGGUCGUCCUCAUCGUCGAUGGUCUAGACGAAUGCAAAGAUGAUGACAGGGAACAACUCAUCAAAUUCUUCCAAGACUUGAGGUCCACGGCUCCGUUAAUGAAGUGUAUCCUAUCAAGUCGGACCUUGGGAGAGAUUGAGAUCUCAAUUGAAUCUGCCAUGAAAAAGACAGGCUACUAUACGAUCUUCAAAUUGGAUGAUUGCUCCUUGAAGAAUCCAAUCAAUAUUUAUAUCAAUCAGAAGCAGCUUGAACUAAAGGAGAUCCAUGAAGAAUCCUUGGAUGUGGAGACUGCAGGAAACCUCAUCACGUAA